AGGGUCAGGGUCAUGAAAUGGUUUGGGGAGCGCAACAUCGUGUACAUCGCCGUAGCAAAACGGACCUCCAUACACACGCGCACCAAACAAACGAUCAAGAUACACUACACACCAAGUAAAUAGACAUGGCACGCGCACCAACCUUACUGAACGUCGUUCCCCAAGCGUUCUGAUAAGGAUUUUAGCAACCGUAGGGGAAAAAUGAUAAUAAAUGCGUUAAUAACACAAUUGGAUACAUCGGCCAACUUUUGGUGGCAGUGCGUGUUGAGUGCGUUGUGGUUAUCAUCUCCGUUCGGUAGACAACGCAUUAGCUGGCACCGACACACAUACAACACACUUCUUCUGUGCGCUCUCGAUAUGGCAAAGCGCGGUUGCGCGGGGACAUCUUAUCAGUAGCAGCCACUCGCUCAGUUCACCCGCGUCCCAUGCUGUUGGUCCCGGUUUGUUCUCAGUAUUUUUUGGGCUUUCCGCGCGUUCGGUAGAUCCGUGGUCGGGUUCUUGCGGCGACAGGUGACAGUUGUGGCACAAAGACUUGGUUUAUUUCUUGGGAGUAGCCGAUCUUCCCGCGAAAACCACGCGCGAUCGCUUGCGUUUAGGUCACGCUGCGUUGCUUAGAAGAUUCAAACGGACGGGACGAGAGGAACCUUCACUCAAAUAUUUCUUGGUGACACGACAGGUGUUACAGAGGGGGUAUGUGUGUGAGAGAGAGAGGAGUUGGAACGGUUGGUGAUUGAAGUCAAUGCUACGUGAACAGUUGACUACACGAGGACGCGAUGGAUGCGAACUACAAACGGAAAACGGUCCAUCGGAGCAUAUCGUUGCUGCUGCGCGAUAUCGAUCAGAUGUCCAUGAGCGAAAUGGGGACAUCAAAUCCGGCGCUCAGCUGUGACGAUGCGGCCACAACGUCUCCCUCCACGGGUCAGAUCGAACCGGUAACACCGGGCGGUGGUAUUUUUGACACUAGUCUGGCCUGCUACUCACUACGCAGCGAGGCGGAAGAGUUUGACGAAAACUUGGAUGCCCCGGAUUCCGUUACCUACCUGUCGAUCGGUGGACCUAACCCUGUGCUGGUCAUACGCGAAGGAGACGCCGACAGUGGGUCCGCGGUGUCCGAAAUCCCGUACAACUAUGUCUACAAUCCUCCGGUCAAGUUUGAUUCGAUGCGACGACACAUCUUCAUCCCCGGGCUGGAGAUUAACGUGGAGAUCAUUGAUAACGAGCGUAACCUUACGUCGCACGUGCUAAACCCUAACCUGUACACGGUGAAGCUGACACAUGGACAGUUCACGUGGACUAUCCAGAAGCGGUAUAAUCACUUCCGGAACCUCCACCAGCAGCUCACGACCUAUCGCGCCUCGCUGCACAUACCGUUCCCCACAAAGAGCCACCGGGAGCGAAGGGACAGCUUCCGGAAUAUGCAUACCGUACAUCAGACAACGGCCUCGCCAGCUAUGCAACAGAAGCUUGGAAAACCGUUGAAAAAGAUUAAGAAGAGUGCCUUGCCACGCUUUCCACUGAAGCCGGAUUCGCUCGUGUCGUUCGAUGCCGUACCACAGCGGAUGAAGCAGCUCGAGGAGUAUCUGUACAAUCUACUUAACAUAUCUCUCUAUCGGAAUUUCCACGGGACGGUAAAUUUUCUCGAAGUAUCACACUUGUCGUUCAUUGCGGCGCUCGGCGACAAGGGCAAGGAAGGUCUGAUCAAGAAGCGCACCGGUUCGACGAGGGCCGGCCAAUCGGGAUGUAACUUUUGCGGUUGCCUGACCGGUGGGUGCUGCGUACGGUGCAGCUACUUCUGCAGCGAUGUCGUCUGGAGCAAGUGGCGUAAUCGGUGGUUCUUCGUCAAAGAAACGUGCUUCGGGUAUUACCGGCCGAAGGAUGGUGUGCUCCGGUGUGUCGUACUGUUCGAUCAGGGCUUCGACAUCUCGUCCGGUAUGUACAGUACCGGGAUGCGGAACGGGCUGCAGAUAGCAACCAAUUCGCGGUACCUCGUCAUCAAGCACCCUACGCGCCGCAUGGCCAAGGACUGGAUGCGGUACAUGAAGGGGGUUGCGAAUGAGAGUGCGCGCGAUUUCACCCUGCCCAAUCCACAUCAAUCGUUCGCGCCGUCCCGACCGGGUGUCCAGGCCGGUUGGUUCGUGGAUGGGGCCAGCUACAUGAGUGCGGUGGCUGAUGCGCUCGAGGCUGCGACCGAGGAAAUCUUCAUCACCGAUUGGAUGCUCAGCCCGGAGAUCUACAUGAAGCGGCCUACGCUCGACGGUGAUUACUGGCGGUUGGAUAAGAUUCUGAAGCGCAAGGCCGAGCAGGGGAUUAAGAUCUUUGUGCUGCUGUUCAAGGAGCUGGACUUUGCGCUCGGCAUUAACAGUUACUACAGCAAACAGAGGCUCGUCGAGCAGCAUGAGAAUAUCAAGGUUCUGCGUCAUCCUGAUCAUGCAAAAGCCGGUAUUCUGUUCUGGGCGCAUCACGAGAAACUCGUCAUCAUUGACCAGACGUAUGCGUUCGUCGGUGGAAUCGAUCUGUGCUAUGGUCGCUGGGAUGAUUAUAAGCACCGGUUGACCGACUUGGGGAGCAUCUCCUCAUCGACGGCCAGCUCGGCGAACAAUACCACCACCCGGAAACCGUCGUCCGUAGUCGAGCUGGACGAAAAUGGUUCCAUCGCGAACCUGCUAAAGUCGAGCAAAAGCAUCGCGAUCGCUACGGCCGUGGAUCGCCAGGAUGCGGAAAGAACAGCGGCCACACCUCCAUCCGACACCAGAGCGAUCCAAGCAGCGUCUAGUGACGGAGCGUCUAGUGAAUCAUCCAAGCCUGCUGAGAGCAAAUCGGAGAAACAAAAGUUUGUUCAAACGCACCCGGACGUCGUUAUGGAAGCGACGAAUGGCGGCGGUGGUGGUGAAUCAUCGCAUAAGCUGCUUAUUGGUGCCGCUCAGGCACUAAGCAUGGUCAAUUCCGAGCGCCAGCAUGUGACGGAAGAGCGUGAAACUAGUUUGCCCGAGAACAUUAAGCAAAACACACCGGAAAUGGGCAGGCGUAACAUGAUGGACAAGCUGAAGGAUAUGGGACGGGAUUUCAAGAACCGUAUAACACUGACGGAACAGCAGACGGAUACGGGUCCGGGUGAGGAGGUGGAUGGAACCACCAAGAGUACGCUCAGCAGUCCCGGCCACUUGUCCGAAGAGGAACGACGGAAGCGGCAGCUGUAUGGGGACGCCGGGAAUGUAGGAGCUAACGUUCUCAGUCCGCAGCCGUUCAAAAACAAAUUCAAAUUUGAGCUGGAUGGACAGGCCAAGCUGUGGAUCGGCAAGGAUUACAUCAAUUUUAUCGUAAAGGACUUUACUAACCUUGACUCGCCGUACGUAGAUUUGGUCGAUCGCUCUACAACCGUGCGUAUGCCGUGGCACGAUGUGGCCACCGUGGUGCUUGGUCCGGCUGCCCGGGAUGUGGCCCGUCAUUUUAUUGAGCGCUGGAACGCCGUGAAGCUGGAAAAAUGCCGGGAAAACACAAGCUACCCGUACCUGCUACCAAAGAGCUACAAUGACAUACGGAUCGACAGCAAGUUCCUGAACGUUCCGCUCCAUCACGUCACCUGCCAGGUGCUGCGUAGUGCUUCCAGCUGGAACAGUGGUUUCAUCGAACCGGACUGCGUCGAGCAGAGCAUACACGAGGCGUACGUGCAAACGAUAUCGAAAGCCCAGCAUUACAUCUACAUCGAGAAUCAGUUCUUCAUUAGCCUGGAGAUGGGUAAUGGUGUGGUGAAGAACCAAAUUGCCGAUUACCUGUUCAAGCGGAUUGUGCGAGCACACCGGGACAAGAAGGUGUUCCGAGUGUAUGUCGUGAUGCCGCUGCUACCGGGUUUCGAGGGAGAUGUUGGUGGUGCCACGGGAAUCUCGUUGCGAGCGAUCACACACUGGAACUAUGCGUCCAUCUCGAGAGGCAAAUCAUCGCUUCUCCAAAGACUGCGUGCGGCGGGAAUCGAGAAACCGUUCGAUUACAUCUCGUUCCACAGUUUGCGAACCAACUCGACCCUCAACGGGAUGCCGGUGACGGAGCUGAUCUACGUGCACUCGAAGCUGCUGAUCGCCGAUGAUAAGGUUGUGAUCUGCGGUUCGGCCAACAUUAACGAUCGCUCUCUGAUUGGCAAGCGGGAUUCGGAGGUGUGCGUAAUGAUAACGGAUGAAUCAUUCGAAGAAGGUCGUAUGAAUGGGGAAUCCUAUCCGUGCGGUAUCUUCGCGGGAAAGUUGCGGAAGUUUCUGUUCCGUGAGCAUCUGGGGCUUCUCGAGCCCGAACCAAACCGUGCACCGAUCGAUGUAACUGAUCCGGUAAUUGACAGCUUUUGGCACGAUGUGUGGCGUCUGAUAUCGCGGCGGAACACUCGCAUCUACGAUGAGGUGUUUCGCUGCAUUCCCUCCGACAAUGUGCGAUCGUUCGCAAAGAUGAAGAGCUUCCUGGAGAACAAGAGUUUAAGUCAAAUCAAGCCGGACGAUAUCCAGCAGGUAGUGUCAUCGAUCGUGGGCAAUCUGGUGGAUUUGCCACUGUUGUUCCUUUCCGAGGAAGUCCUUACUCCUCCCGGCGCUAGCAAGGAGGGCAUGAUGCCCACGUAUAUGUGGACGUAGGUGCCAGGCACCCUCAACUAAUCCUUCCUCACCGCUAAAGUCAUUCACAUUCUUUACGUACUGCAUACGCUUAACUUUUCCAUUCCAUAGCAUCUGACCGAUUGCAUUCCUGCCAAUAAUGUAGAUUUGUUGUUGUUUGAUUUAACUGUUUUUGAUACCAUCAGUCCGUUUCUGUUGUUUCUAGUUUACUGUACAAUUAUUUAUUAUCUUUCGUGGAUCUUUGUAAACCGUCUGAAGAAAAGAGAUUUAUCAAACUA